UAGAGCCCCCCCCCCCCCAAAGAGUCUAAAAGUAGGUGAACCGAAGUACGUAAAUUUAAUAAUUUACCAUAAUAUUGUACUUAAUUCGGUCUUGAGAACAAUGCCCUUUCUGCACAGGUUCAUCAACGAACUGAAAUUAUGCGUAACGGAGAACACUCGUACGUGCGGCACUCAAGAUUAUGGCAGGAUCUAUCAAACUCAAAGACGGACGCUGCACCACUUCAGAGGCUACAAAGAGGGCUGUGUUGAUGUCUUCCAAUGUGCCAGCACAUUUGACUCAUUAGCGCGUCAAAUUCGCGACCUCGGAGACGAUGAGAAUAGUAACAGGACAGCAGGAACGAUUAAUAAAACCCCCCAGGAACCGCCACCUCGUGCGCCUGGCCUCACUGAGUUGUGCGCAAAUGUGAGGCGGGCCUGGGGAUGUUUGCAGAAUGGACUCAAAUCUCUUCCAGCUUUCAGGCGAAACAUCUUGCAGCCUGUCUAUUCGGCUGCGUGGGAAGCUGUCGAGGAGAGAUGCUCUAACACAAAAAUCCUGACAUGCUAUUACUGCAAGAAGUUGACGAACUUCGGCUUCUGCAAAAGCAGGACACAAAAGUGUUCCCACAAAGAGCAGGCGUGUUAUGUGGAAGAAAAGAUUUUGGGCAAUAAAAGAGAAUACACCGCCAAGUGCAUAAAGCCAAAACAUUGCAACAACGGGGACGGAAAUGGACCCAAGGACAGUGCCUGCUGCUAUGACAACAAAUGCAACGUCGACAGUUUGAUUGGCGGCCCAGAUGUGAACGCACCGGAGAUAUGUGACUAUGGUUUAUCCCUGGAGUGUGCCCUGGACUUCACUCGCACUUACAUCCGGAGUGAUAAUUUUAGCUGCAGCUCUGCAAUGGCAGACCUUAGAUGUAUCCAGGAACACCGUGUCACGUGUGGAGCAGGAAACAAGCUGUACAAAGCAGCCACAGAAAUCUUCCUGAAGCUGGCCACGUCUUCGUGCGUAUUAGACUCUAACGACCCUGAGGACUGUUACUCCCUGUCCAUCUUCUCCAUGCAGACAAUGCUCUCAAACGCCUUCAGCAGCCAGGGAAAUACUGUUUGCGUCGGCCUGAAUGAGACACAAGCAAGUGUGAAAUCCAUGAUCUCUUCUAACCAAUGCUCGUCUGCCGGGGCAGCUAACCUAGAGCAGAUGCUUUCCUUUGUGGAGACGAUUGUGUCCAGCUACUGUCAACAGGACCAGUGCAUCUCCGUGCCCUCUACUAGCCCGCUCAUUGGAAACACGGAGUGCUCAGGAAAAAUCUUCGAAGGCAUCAAGCUGAUUUAUCAGGCAUAUUCGGAGCUGGAAAAGAACAAUGAUGAUGUAGAUUGCGGAAUUUUGGUAAUCUCUGCUGCCAGUGCUCGUACAUUGCUUGAGAGUUGCACUUUGAGCCCUCUUGUGUGGAAAAAACUGGAUGCCCUUGACAAAGAAGUGGAUUCGCAAUGUAAACCAGAUAGAUCUUUGCAGAUUCCUGAGGGUUGUCUCAACAUUUGUAAUAGCAAGGCGUUCUACAACUUCACCGCGCAAGUUUCAGCAUCCCUCACUGAAGUGACAGCUAACGAUACAAGCUCUUGCUGGCACUUGACUCAACUCGAAACGGCUUACAACAGCCUGACAGUGGGUUGCACCUCCGUACAGCAGGCCGACAUCUCCGCUUGGGUCUUUAGUUCUAUGUACAGCACCAUAAACGAAUGUAAACAAAUCAUCCCCACCUUCACCUUUGACCUGCCACUUCGCGAAGAUAUUUACUACGAGGCUGUUAUGUGUAAAGCAAACCUGAAGACUGGCUUAGAGAAGGCGUUUGCAGAUAAAGACAACCAGAAACUUUGUGAUGUCAUCGCCGCCUUUAACGGUUGUGACAUCAACCUGCCAACCUCUGUGGUCAAUCUCAUCAUAGGGAGUACCAGAGAGUUGGUGAAGAGCCUUGAGGACAUGAAUGUGUGCGGCUCAAGCACGACAUCAGGAACAGACACCCGAACCGUGCGACAGGACUUGGGCUAUUGCUACAAUCUAGACUUUGCAGCAGUCAUCAGGGAGUUAAACUCUUUACCAGAUAUUGUUACUGCAACAAUGGACACUCGAGAUGAGGCUUGCAGAAACAGCGAUGAAAUUGUGGCUCGGGCCAAGAAAGCAUCCACGGACUGCAGCGACAGACUGCCUCCAGUGUUCAAGGAUGCACUUGACAUCCUCGUGGAGCACAUUGUAGAAAGGAACUCAAAACUUUGUCUCGACCUGCACUAUGAGGAUCAGCAGUGUGACCUGGACAAGAUUGACAAAUGCUGGUCUGACUUUGACACAAUUUGUCUAUAUGCUGCUCUUGCUGAUGGCACACUGUGCAGACGCGCAAAGUUUGCUCUGGAGUGUACUUACCGCUUCACCCAAAACUGCAGCGGCAGUGAUGGUGAUAAGGCUUUUGUUGUGAGAAGGAAUACAAAAGCACAGGUGAGGAGGAUUGUGGGAAACAACUGUCCACUUCUCACAGCCUUCUUGUUUUGCAAUGGCGACGUCGACUCGGUCCACCCAGCAUGCCAGCUUGAGGCUGACAGUACCGUUGCAUGUGCGGAGGGAAUAAUCGAUAACUACUGGUCAAGUGCCCCAAUGUCAGAGAAGUGCCCUGCUCUGAAAGCCAACGUAAACUGUGUAAAAACUGCUGUCACCGGUUGCGAAAAGGGCGCUGUUGACAAAGCAUCAUGGGCCAAGAGGAUUCCAACGAUCACCACCGGACUGUGUGGCAUAGAUGACUUCAAAUUGAAUGAUGUCUGCACCUCGAGGGAUAGAUGUGAUAACAGCUUAAUGGUCUCAUGUGUGGCUGGUCAACUGAAUACUUGCGGUGCUAUCAUCAAUGCGACUGGAUGUGUGGAUAAUUUGUUGAAGAAGGACAGAUGCUACUGGGACUCGUUGCAGUCAUGGUUAGUGAUGCGGUUAAUGGAACAGAAAGGUAUUACAACAAUGCUUACCUGCGGCCAACAGUUUACCAUCCCGCGACCGCGACGAUUUGACAACACAUGCUUGAACAGCACCCUGCAUACUAUCCGGGAAGCUCUGCACUCCACACUGGGCACAGAUGCCCAGGCACUCUACUCGACUUUGGAACAGUUCAAACUGUGUCUGGCAGUGGAGGUAAAUGCUGUGGAGGCUGUUGCAUCGAGACUUCUGUACGAUACAAUUUCCUUGAUUACUCUUCCAGCAGGUGGCCCUUUCGUCUUUAAUGAAAGCGAUGUCUUUGUUGAUACGGAGAACUGCGCUUACACUGAGGCUAUAGCAUGCAUUGAGUAUGAGCUUGCAAGUAUCUUGACUGUGAAGUUGGCCACUCCGAAAGAAAAGGACAUGCUGUGCAACUCUGUGUAUCAAUCCACUACUGCUAAAUGUGUGAAGAGAGCACUGAACGGCUGCCCCAAAGCAGACAUCGAAAGGUUCCAAAACAUUCAGGCUGUCAGUCAGGGCAUCGUAGAGUCCUUGAAUAUUUGUGGCUCUCCCAAACUGUGCAUUAUCUCAGAGGCCUAUGUGUGUGUUAACAAGUAUGGGGCUGCUCUGACUGCCUAUGACAACUCCCAAGAACUGAAGGAAUUAUGUAUGGCAAAAUUUGCAGCUGAAGAGUGCUUGGAAAUGUUCACUGGUUCAUGCAGCUCAGAUGACUCCAAGCCUGUGAAGGCUGAAUUUGACAAACUGCAAUCCAGAGUGAACGAAGACUGCGACAAAGUGGAGCUGCCGCGUCCCCCAAUCUGCCCAGAAAUUCCCGAAAAGAGCCGAGUGUGCCGAUUUGGCAACAGCUUCAGGUGUAUGACCAACUUCAACGUGAGGAUUAUGAAUGGAGGAGACUCUUUGGUUUGGAGACAGCAGUGCUCAAACCUUCAGAAUAUGAUGGCAUGUGUGGCCACCAAUACCACAUCCUGUGACGCAGAGAGUGAAGAUGUGGAGACCAUUCUGGACUCCCUUGAUGCCCUGAAGGCUAGCGCUGCUGACCGCUGCCCUUGGCUGACCCAGGACAUGUGCAGCCGAGAGAAGCCCUGUCCAGUGGCCACUGCUGGCUGUGAGAUAACCCUUGAGAAAGGACUCAUCAACAGUGAGAAGACCGUUUGCGAACUGAGGGAUGAUGCCUAUGCCUGUGUUGCCGAAUAUUCGACAACUUGCAACGCAGCUCAGAAGGCCCAGGCGAUAUCAGUCAUGGAUAGAAAGCUGGAAUCAGUUGGCCUUCCAAAGGAACUUUCUUGCGCUGAAGGCAGCCUUGAUGGUCUUGUGUACGCGGCUUUGUCUGCUGUCAGAGGAUUUGGCGUCGUUUCUACGGUGGAAGAGACAUGUAAAGUUAUCCGUGCCAAAGUUGACAAUUUGACCGCUGAGUUCAACAAAGAAAGUCGGGGACAGUUUUUGACUGCUGGACAUACCCUUCUUGGUCAUCUCAGAAAUGCUUUGUGUGAAGACGGAUCGGCUUGCACAAGUGAACAGAUGCCCACUGUCAGAGCGACUACUUACUUGAUAUCAAACAUGAUGCUGAAUGACAACUUCAAAAUGUCAGCAUUCUGUGCCCAAGCCUCUGAAGUCGCAUUAGAGAUUUCCAGUCAGGGUUGUCUAAUGGGAUUUCAAAGAUCCGUAACAACUAGAAAUGAUCUGUACCCUUCAAACUGCCAAUACAAGGACCCUGCUUGCAAUGUUAUUGAUGCAAAGAUCGAAAGCUGCUUUUCUACAAUCAAUGGAAUGAACAAAACAGUGUGCCAGAUUGCAAAAGAGAGAGCCCGUUGUGUCUCUUCAUUUGCCAUAAGCACUUGUCCCAAGAAUGAGACUUGGUUCCAGCCGACUUGCAACACCACAGUCUACCUGCAGUCUGUAGACAGAAGUUCCACUGAGAUGUACAUCUCAGAGGCUGGAUCUCCCACAGUUUUUCUUUGGAAGUUAGCAGGUGGCAAUAGCGACUUCUAUAUCAAGGUCGAGUCUGGACCUGUCAAAGACAGUGAUGUUCCCAGAUGCCUGAAGGGUUCCAGAAUUGAUGAGCCCAUACCUCAAGUGUACUUCCCCUAUCCCUCACAAAGAUACAGUACAGAAGGGGAUAAUGUGACUAUCACGAUCAAUGCCCGUCAAGACCUGCGCAUUGAUGGCAACCAGGAGGUCGAACUUUACUUUAAAGUGGUGCCCUUGACUGUGAAGAUUAUGGACAACAAUGAAGAGUUUGCGAAGGAAGAAGAAUCUGAAGCCUACUUCCUUCCUUCUGUGAAGAUUUUUGUUGAAGACAGAGAUCUUCCCCAAUCGACGUGUUCUUCCAUCAAUGAUCCUCACUUGCAGACCUUUGACAACAUCGAUUACAACGUAAUGGACACAGGAAGCUUCGUGUUGUACAGGAACAUUGAGUACGCGACAGCUGUUGUCGCUGAAUUCAAGCAAUGUGCUAAAUAUGGCACCUGCAACUGUGCUGUGACAGUUUUUGCAUCAAGAGUCCGCUUCAUCUAUGACCUGUGUGAUAAAGACUCAGAGAAUGUUCAAUUAACUCCCGACCCAGCAAAUUCUGCCCCAGAUGAACAGAAUGAGAUGCUUCGUGUUUUCAAAGGAGAUGAUAUGAGGACAACCUAUGUGGUGCUGGUGGAGACAGGCACAGUGGUGACCAUCAAGUCAGAUGGCGAGUAUAUCAACUUGUGGAUAAUGCCCUCUCCCCGAGACUUUGACAAGACACAAGGUUUAUGCGGUGUUUUUGACGGUGACGGUUACAACGACUUUGAGAUGCCAGAUUUCAGCCAGUACUCCUUGAGUGAUGCUGAAAACGAGGACGGUGUUCUCUCGCCCGUUAACUUCACUUCAAAGUGGAGGCGAACUUCUUCUCAGGUUGAGAAUUUGGUUGACAUUUUUGCUCCAAACGUUGAACAGAAGUUUGCAGCCGAUUCUGCCUUCGUAGACUGGACUCAAGACAAUGUUACAACAGCUAUGUGGGGCCCAUUAGACCAUAUUGCUUAUUGUGGAUUUGUUGAAGGGGAAGACAUAACAAACAAACUAGUGGAAGCAUACAACCAGAAUGCCAUUCCGAGAACAAGGAGAAGAAGAAAGAGGCAGGCAGAAAAUGCUGAAACACCUGAGGAAAUCAAUACCCCGGUUGCCAAAUGGCCGACACCUUCUGGCCGGACCAAAGAGGAUGCAACAAGUCUCUGUUUGAAUGAACUGAGUACCCAAGCCCUGGAAAAAUGCACAGCAGCUCUCUUCUCCAUAGAAAACAUAAAGAAAAAACCAAAUUUCAUGAAGUCCGUGGACAAUUGCGUGGAUGAUAUUAGGCUGUCAGAUUCGACUAUAUGGGUGAAUAGAUCAAAAGAGGCCAUCAAUCAACUGUGCCUUGUUGAACUGAGCAAGGACCCAGAAUACCAAAAGAAUCAAACCGCCAGCGAUCUGGCUGUUGCCUUCACCAACAUGACUUGUUCUCCUUCUGACUGCAAUAGAAAGGGUACCUGCUACAGAGGUCAAUGUAGGUGUGAGGCAGACUUUGUGGGCACUGGCUGUCAGCAUCGUGUGACCAACAUACCCGUGCCAAAACUGGUAGCCCCUGAGGACGGUUUCAGCAUGUGCCAAAUGGGACUGAACUCCAACUGCUCUGCUGUCUACAUCACUGGCCAAAACUUCGUCGAUUCCAGAUUCUUGACUUGCCACUUCAGAGAGGUUGAGAUCACAGAAACAGGUUUGAGCCAUGUUCCAGGGUCUAAGUUUGAGAGGAAGGGUGAGCUGAUUAGUGUUGACCAGGUCCGUUGCUCUUACGGAGAGAGGCGCUCCACUAAACGCACUCUGGAGGUAUCCGUUAGUAACGAUGGACAGCAAGAAUAUCCUGACUAUCAGCUCUUUAUAGCAUAUGACCCAGUAUGCCACUCAUGCGAUGGCAACACCUGCAUUGAGAAGGAUAAUGUGUGCACCAUCGGCAACAAGUGUGUAAGAGCUGGUGAUGUGUCUGUCUAUGAUGACUGCUUCUUCUGUGACCCGAAUCAGCCAACAAAGUGGUCAAUUCGGGGAGACCUGGCGCACUGUAAGCAGCACCUCGAUGAUGCGAAGGAUGAUGAUGGUUCCCACAUUUUGAGGAAUGCUCUCAUCGGGGCUGGGUGUGCUGUGCUCAUGCUUGUGAUCCUGUUGGCUGUGGCGAUCUACUUACUCGCUAAAAGACGUAAAUCCAACCGCAGAGAGAGACGUGACGACCCUCCAAGCUACGACAACAGUAGCUACUCCUCUGACGUCUUCCAUGGUCAGCCCAUCCCCGCCUACAACAGAGACUACUUCCUAGAGAAGCCCAGAAACCCCAAUUCACCAUAAUCACAAGAUUUCAGCUGAACAGGAAAUAAGACUCUUACAUGAGAGAAAACUUUUCUUAGAUAUGCCAUUUUAAAUUUUUAUUUCUUAAUUUUUGUUAUUGCUUCUUAUAUUAGCUUUUGUUUCAAAUUCAGUGAUAAUUAUUUCAUAUUGUGUUAUUGAAUUUUAUUAAACAAUGAAAAUGUCAAUAUUCUAUGAAAAAGGAAUGAAAAUCUACAGAGAAUCCUAAAUAUUUAUAUUUUAAAAAAUUAAUUUGGAGGACAAUUUUUUUGGUGAUAUAACUUAGAGAUCAACAGAGACAAAUGUUCACUUUCAAUGACAAUUACGUAUGCAAAAAUAUCGACCAAAAAAUCAGCAAUUAAACCUAACUUUUCAAAGUCUUAUCUGGAGGAAUACAAUGUUCAUGUACUCUGCCAUAACUUAUAGAGAUCAAUUAAACUAAAUCUUUAAUCCCUUAUUCUCUACCAAAAGGGAAAACAAAAGUUUUGAAAACAUUUUGAGAAUAGAAACUUCCUUUUAUCAUUUUUUCCCCUCCCGUUCUUUGUUAUAAGCUUUGUUUCUGUAUUUCUUUUUAGACUAUUAGCCCCUUUAUUGCCAAAUAAAUCUAUUGCCGAUAUA